GGACAAACAGCGGGCGGGCGAUUUGUAGUCAACCUGCGCCACAACAUAAAUGAGGCGAAACUUUAAGUUGACUCGCUGGGAGAACGAUGAGUGAAGACCGCGAGGACGCAGACGUCACGCAAAUCACCAGUGACGUGUUUGAAGACAAGAACAAACGGAAGAAGAGGAAGGAGCUGAGCAAUGAGCAGAAACGCGAAAUUCGGGAAGCCUUUGAGCUCUUUGACACGGACAAAGACAAUGAAGUUGAUUACCACGAGUUGAAGGUGGCGAUGCGAGCGCUGGGCUUUGAGGUGAAGAAGGUGGAUGUCAUGCAGAUCCUGAAGGACUAUGACACGCGCAAAACGGGCAAAAUAUCCUUUGAGGACUUCAAUGAAGUAGUGAGCGGAUUGAUCCAGCAGCGCGACCCCAAGGAGGAGAUCCUGAAGGCCUUCCGGCUCUUUGACGACGACGAGUCGGGAACCAUCAGCCUGAGGAACCUGAAGCGCGUGGCCAGGGAGCUCGGCGAGAACACCAGCGACGAGGAACUGCGCAGUAUGAUCGACGCCUUUGACGCCGACGGCGACGGCGAAAUCAACCAAGAGGAGUUCCUGUCCAUCAUGAGCGGCGCCUUAUGAACAUCGGGUCGCUCCUCCCACGAGGUCCUCGCACCCGGACCAAUUUGUAAGUGAUGAUGUCAUGCGUGCGGGAGCAAACGGGAGUGGGAGCUUGCUUGUGCGCACGACUGUUUUAUUUAUUGAAAGAAAAGAAAUAAA